GAAAUAGCUGACACGUCCUCACGUGGUUGUUCGUGUCUCAAGGACCACCAGCCUCUUCCAUCCUUCUCUGUUGCAUUUGCCUCCCUCCCACACACACAACCAUGGAAUUCGAGCAGCUAGCUGUGAACUCGCCUUGUGCCGAGUCACACCUGCAUCCGACGACGAUGGACGUUGCAUCCACGCAGAAGGACCGCGUGCGGGACGAUGCCCAGAGGAAGCUCGAGUGGGCGUGCCUGUUCUGUAUGUUGUUUAUGUUUGUCGAGUUCUUGGGCGGGUACUUUGCCGGAAGCCUUGCGAUCAUGUCGGACGCCGCGCACUUGCUCAGCGACGUGUUGAGUUUCUUUCUGUCGUUGUUUGCCUUGUACUUGUCCAAGUUACCCCCGUCGAAGUCCAUGCCGCACGGGUACAAACGCGCCGAAGUGCUGGGUGCGUUAGCCAGCAUCGUCGUGAUUUGGAUCCUCACGCUCGGCCUCGUUUGGGCCGCCAUCCAGCGCAUCCUCGCCCUUCUGAGCACCUCUCCCGACGCCAUCGUGGUGCCUCCAGUGAAUGGAAAAGCCAUGUUUAUCGUCGCGUGCAUGGGUCUAUUGGUCAACAUUGCGCUCAUGAAGAUCCUCGGACAUGGCCAUUCCCACGGUGGUCACGGGCACUCCCAUGGCGGUCACGGGCACUCCCACGACGCCCACGGCCACUCGCAUGGAGCGCCGUCUAAACAGUCGCCGGACCAUCAUUCCCACGAUCAUCAUCACGGACACUCCCAUGGACAUGCCCACGAUCAUCCUUCUUGCGACCAUGUCCACCAAGAUCAUGCAGACGAGAGCCACGACGACUGCGGUCGGAGCAGCUGCGUCACUGCAUGCAGUUCCCACGACGAUCAUGACCUGGAAGAGCCCGAAGCAGAGUCGUCGGCGGCGCCCGGGGACGGGUGUGCGGCGGAGAACUUGAACGUGCGGGCAGCCUACUUGCAUGCAUUGGGCGAUUUCCUGCAAAGUCUUGGCGUGUGCAUUGCCGGCGCGUUGAUUUGGUACGAACCAUCGUGGCAACUGUGUGAUCCGGUCGUGACGUUGUUCUUUUCGGUGAUUGUGGGCGCCACGACCGUGGGCAUUUGCAAAACCACGCUGCACGUGUUGAUGGAAGGCACGCCCGUGGAACUAGAUGCCGAAUCUUUGGAACGGGACAUCAAGACCUUGGCGAGGGUCAAGGACGUGCACGAUUUGCGAGUUUGGUCGAUUUCGUCGAGCAGUUUUGCAGUGGCGAUGCAUGUGGUCGAAGCCCGUGGCUUGGAAGCGGGUGACGCGUCGUCGUCAUUGGUCGUGGAUGUGCAGGCGUGUGUGAUGGCCCACCACGACUUUGAGUUUGUGACCGUCCAAGUCGAACAAGACCGAGACGCCAAGCUCUGUCCGUUCAACUUGCGACAGGUCAUCCAGGUGGUAGUUUAAUAACAAGUCGCAAUAGUAUGCGUAUUGUUAGCUCAUGUACUCGAUGGUUUACAAUGGAACCAACUUGGAGUACAAUUCACUUCGUAUGUUCCUUGAAGGAAUAAGGUUAUAAGGAACAGAACCACAA